UUAUCUAGAUAUCUUUUGCAUUAUUUCACCCGCCUUGUCCUGUUAAUUCGCUGUUAGCACGAGCGACCGUAGUAUUUUGUAACAACUUGCGGGACGAUAAGUUUAGUCGUAGUUCAGACCUGCUGUAGUAAUGACCAAAAUGAGUUGCCACAUCAAGAGCGAUUCGACGCCACAGAAGAACGACAUCCAUAACACCAACAGAGACGGCGAAAAUGAUAACAAAGACCACUUUCUCAGCGAAAUUUUGAAGCGAAAAGACGGAAAGUGUAAUUCACCCACAAGCUCUAAGGAAAGUCACAGCGACCGUGACUCGGAUCUCGAAGACUCAAACAGUGAAUUUCACGAUGAAUUCACUGAGGAGUCGUCAAAAAAGAAACACAGGAGAAAUCGCACGACUUUCACUACAUUUCAACUCCACGAACUUGAACGAGCGUUUGAAAAAUCGCACUACCCCGAUGUGUACACUAGGGAAGAACUCGCUCUUAAAAUUGACCUUCCCGAGGUUCGGGUACAAGUGUGGUUUCAAAAUCGUCGAGCCAAAUGGAGAAGGCAGGAGAAGAUGGAGAUGGCUUCUCUCGAACACAUUCCUCCCCAAACAAUAUCCAGGCCAAAAUUCAACAGUCUUCCCUUUCCCGAUCCGUGGAAGAGCUCCCUAACCUAUUCAGCAGCCUUUGGCGGGGCCUUGUACCCUCCGGCAAAUGUUCCGACAUCUCCGAAUCUCGGUUGUUUCCCAGGAUCGUUCAGUCCCACAAGUUAUGUACCGUUCUCGUCUUAUCUCCCUGGAAUGGGAUGCAUACCUGGUGGACACUCGGGUGCCCGAGAUGAGAGAACAACAAGCAUUGCAUCCCUGAGAAUGAAAGCAAAAGAGCACAUGGAAAACCAUACUUUAAAAGAGUGGUCUGAAAUGCCAACUGCGACGCAGUGAAAAAGAAUUGGUGCAGCGGAUAAGAAUAGGAAACAAAAGUAAAUAGGAGAGAGAAUAACCGAUUAUUUAAAGAAAAGUUUGACAGAGUUGUAAUCUAGUAUUUGUUCCCGUACUUUACGAAUCCCAAAUUUACGUGAAGAUUCAUGCCCAACUGAAAUUUGAACUAGUAAGUUCAAAUUUCAAAGUAAGUGACAAAAUGAAGAUAGAUUUUUUUUUAUUAAAUCACAUCAAUUCUACAUUAGAAAAAAUCGCAAACAACAACCACUGGCGAGAGAUUUUGACAUAAAAGUACAAAACGUACUUGAAACAUAGUUUGCUUUUUCAAUUUACUCUUACGUAGUAAUUUCUAUCAAGAAAUACAAUGCCCACGAUUUUUGAGAAAACAUUGGCCGUCGCGUAAUCUCAGAAUUGAAAAUCACAUGUCCGAGUUGGGCAAAAAGUAUUAUAAUUUUCCAUUUGGUUUAAAAAAUGUCUUCUUACCUGCGUCAAUAUUAUGAUAGUAGUUACAUUACUUAUAUUUAAUGAGAUACUUAAGUUUUUAUUUAACUUUUCGCUUUAGCGUCGUUGUAAAUUAGAAAGCUUGAAGCAAGCAGUGUAAAUAAAUGAUCUGUUAAGUAGCUUCACAUUUGUCAGAGGUAAAGCUCUUGUCAUUUUUGGCAAAUUAAA